GCUCGGAAAAAUUGUGAGAAAAGAUAAAUUGUGUUCUUAAGAUCUAUCUGAGCUGCUGACAGAGAUAUAAGUAUCUUGCGUUACCGUUCAUUGUAACUUUGUCAAAUCGGGGUCAUAGCUGGUCAUUAUCAUUCCUAUCGAUCCUGGGACGUUGUUCCAUUGAAGGGAAUUACGUUUUCCAGUGAGCGGUUGCUACGACGCGCCCUACAAUCCCCCGCGAGGGCAACGAUCCCAUUCACCCAGUCACAAGCGUGCUUGUAUGCGCCAUAUUGAACCGUUGUUCCCCGUGACCGUUCCAUACAGAAGUCAACUGUCCUUCAUAAUCCCCAAGCCACUGUCUCUCUCGACAGACGUGCGUGAUAAAAUCGAUAAGAUUGUUCUGCAGAGAUUAUCUGUGGAGCCGGAAGCUGUGCUCACAAGUGAUUGAUUAGACUGUCAGACUAUUGUUUCGGGGUGACUCUGACAGAUAGUAAACAAGCGAGUGACGUGACGCGAAGUGUAUCUGUCAAGAAAAAAUCUGAAUACCUGAUCGAGAGUGCUAAUUGAAUAUGCCCUUCGCUGCCGCGGUUGAGCGACGUGCAAUUGCAGUGCGCUAAUUAACGACGCUUUCCUGGGACCAUACUGUAAUCGCGGAAUUCGCAACGUGAACGGGCGCUGUCCAUUGUUGCUCCGCGAGCACUUCUAACCUUAACGGGAAAGACGCGUUAUAAAUAUGGGGAACAUGUGUAACGAAUGUAUGGCCAGAGUGCCAUACGCAACUCUCAUAGCGACCAUAAUGUGUUGUUUGGGAGUUGGAAUUUUCUGCGGUACUAUGUAUAGAGGUGCUACAUUAUGUGCUCUUAUGAUGGAUCAGGUAUUCCAUCUGCACCUCGGAUGGUUGGAAGCAAUGCAACUGGUAUUUGCAUCCAUUGGAGCAUGUAUGGCAGCUUUAGGAUUUAUGAUUUUGUGCGUUGGGUGUCUUGCAACUGGUGCUACAAGGCACAAAGUCUAUCGUGCAUGGAGAUCUAGAGUGGGUGGACGUAUCUCUUGUGCUGUCUUUAUGACUAUCAUUUAUAUCCUACAAUUGGCUUGGCUUCUGAUAUUUGCAUUUCUGGUUAUUACCACGCUAAUAUUUACUAUAUUCUGGGGUCUGUGCAGCAAUCCGCGAGUCCAGUCUCUUGAUGAUUGCAUCGAUUUUACUCAAUUCAGCUUUCUAUUUCCGAAUAAUACUCGGGUGCAGGAUAUGCAAGUAUGCGAACCGCAGGAAGUUAAGCUGUUUUGCAAGGACUUUGUAGAAAAAGCCGAGGUGAUGUUCAUCUUGGCGACAGUGGCAGCCAUGCUAGUGAUUUUGAGCCUAAUACACUAUCUCAUGUGCCUGUCGGCCAACUACGCACAUAUACGCGAUCACGAGAAGUUCCAGGAACUGCAGGAGCUGCAGUAUUUGCAAGACGCAGCUGACCCGGACUCAUCUCAACCAGGAAUGGGCACUUUAGGCUCUCAUCGCGGUAAAGAUAGGUUUUAGGAUACGGCCCGCGAGAUCUUCGCCAUGAACCCCUUGUAAGGAGCCUGUUGUCCCUCUCCGUUGCCUUCCGGGACACACGUGGAAUCCUUGCGCCCGAUUGGAAAUCUCUUCCAGGUGGUACUACUCCUUUUCUCUAUGUACCUAAAUUCGGUAUUCCGCUCGUCGGUCUAUGUGCCGCGGUAGUCUACUCGAUCAUGGAGGAUCUUGCGGGAACAUUUUGUGCCGUCCAUUUUAACUGACAUCGUGUAAGAAUUUAUUUCAUCUUACUGAAAGCUGAAGAGAAUUUUAUUAAAUUUGUCGUACGUAUAAUUUUCGUCUUGAAGCGCAAAUCAAGUCGAUCAUGAAAUUUUGCCCGAAAGGGAAAAUUUUACAUCUCUAUGACGAUAUUUCCUUAAUUCGCCUUCAGUAUGUAAUAUUAGGGAAAAACUAUAGGUACUUUGAAUCCGACAACGUGCGAGAUUAUGGCGCACGAUUUCUUUCUGGGUAUAUAGCCAUUUUAUUUUAUUUCGGUAUACGCACAAAUGCGCUGUGUGCGUGUACUAUAAGUGUUAUGCAAGUAUUUGCAACGUCUAAUUGUUGCCGAUCUGAUCUGUCGGUGUUAAGGCUAUAACCAUUUUCGCGGACUGAAUUAACUAUUUAUGACCUUUUUGGUAUUGAGAUUUUUUUACAAGAUUUUUCUCUUUUUAUAUAUAUAUAUAUACAUACGUUUACAUAAUAGAGAAAAAGAGAACAAGAGAGACACACACAAGUAAAACAUAUUUUACAUUCCAGAUAUUUGAAGCAUGCUGGGAAAAUAAAGAAUUAAUCGAAUAAUAAUAAAAGAGACAAUCAUUCGUUAAGAUAUUUUAAUCAAAUAUUAAAAUGACACGACUGUUGCGUGCAUCGCAAUUGUUUUUAAAUAUAAUCGUUAAUCGAACUAUUUUAUGGAAUAUUUUCCCAUCAUGCUUAUUAAGGUAUAUUUAUGUCGUUUGUGCAAUUACAAAGAUAAUUACAAAGAUUUCUGCAGUAGGGAAUUCCGCUAUUUUCUCUGGGAAUUAAAUGUUACAAAAAAAUGCUGUAAUUUUGUGCAUAUGGAAGAAUAUCUAUAUAUAUCUAUAUAUUCGUAGAUUCUUUACUCUAUUCAUAUACAUAUAAUAUCGACUUGUUAUGAACAGAGCAAUAUAUAUUUUUUCGAAAUGUAAAGAAAAACAGAUUCUGCUAUAGAUUAUCAGAGAGAAAGAGAGAAAUUCUUCUAUGCACGUUAUUGUGCCAAACUAUAAAAGAAAAAAGAAUAUAAAGGAAGGGCUAUAAGAAAAUGUUCGGCGAAAAGUUGAUCACUUAUAUCAUAUGCGUUACAACAUUGAGAUGCGAUUGAAACAAUCGUAUACAUUUAAUCACGUAAAUACGACUGGUGACAUAUUAUCACUUGCUCAAAUAAUUUGACAAUGAAGGUAAACCUAUGUCAAACUUACAAUGAACAUCGACCUACGUAAAGUGUCACAACUCAAAUUUAGAAGAGAACACAAACUUUCAUCUAUGAUUAUUCUAAGUAGAUUUUAUUAUACACACGUAUACACAACAUACAUUCACUUACACACCUGACAAGUACAUAUCAAAUGAGACAUUUCGUUUGGAUUCACGCGAUGUAGUAGUACCUAUACGAAAGGUUGUAAUAGAGAAGGUGAAAACGACGG